CGUCUAGAUGACCGUGGGAACAUGGUAGUCAACUGUGACGGUGUGCUCAUUCAGAACAAUGCCUUUUGGCCUCUCACCUCUGACCUUAGCAAUAUCCUAUCCCACAAGGUGGUUGCUGAUGUUCUAGUUGAGGAUGGAAAGUUCUUGGCGCUCUGGACUGACAUUCUCAAAUUCAUGCAGUUUAUGAACUGCUUCUCUAUGAAGGAAGGCAGUCACAUUGAAUAUGAAACUAUGGCCUGUUAUCACGGGCUGACUAUGGAGAUUGAAGUCAGCAUCAGCAUUAUGUGGUACAUAUGGGAUCACUAUCGAAGUCCUCCUGAAAAAGAGCAUUGCCUCAUGUACACCCGGGCUUGCAUCUCAGCAUUGGCCCAUCAGCUGACCUAUCUUGGGCGAUUGGUGGCCAGUUCGACCCAGUGGGCACACCCUAUUCGGGGCCCCCUUAGUCUCCACUUGCCUCUCAGUCGGCAUGCUGCCUGUUUCCUCUGUCUUGCCGUGUUCACACAUCGCGCGAGUGUAAGGGAACUCAUGGCCCCCUUCCUAACACCCAAUCCAAAUGUUCUACGUCGUCUCAUGGAGGAAUUGGCUAAUGUGUUGCUCGGCUGCCACGAGGUUCUCAUUGGCUACUGGAUUCGAAACGGUCAGCCCGUUCGUCAGUCCGUCCUGCAUUAUAUGCAGAGCCAGAUGUGCUAUUCCAUGGUGGAUUUGGACAUCUUUCUCUUUCAAGUUUGCGCAGCAUUGAUGCAUCCAGUAUACAUCCUCAAUACUCUGGUCGACCAGUCUCGUCUGUUGCAGAACUUUUGCUUCCAUCGGGAGUUGAUGGCACUCACUAGACCCUCUCUUAUGAGCAUCACUGUGGAUCGUCAGCCAAUGGCCGUUGAGGCCUGGCUCACCAAUCUCUGUUGGAUUUUGGAUCUUCGUAAUAACCUUGGUCUUUCAGAAACGGGUCUCAUCGAAAAGGAGUUGGUCUGCUUCCUAGCUCCUGAAUCACGAAAACGUAGUGAUCUCUCGUACCUCCUGCCUGAUCGCUGUCUUCCACAAAACACGGACAUCAUUGAUGAGUGUCUUCAAAAGGUUGCAACGUACGUGGCACCCUCCUGUGAUAAUAUGUCAGGCUCACUACUUAGUGGACAUUAUUCCCUGAAACCGGAGUUAUGGCAUGAGAAGUUUGAUCCCGUCUUCUACACCCUUCGCAUGACAAGCAAGCGGGAGCAGGCUUCUGCUUUGGAGAAGUACCGGCUACACUGCCGUCAAAUGGGUAGUGCUCAAAACACUUCAGCGUUUUGGCCUCCCUACCGUUUGCCCAUGGAUCUGGCGCCGGAUUUCGCUGAUCUGGAAAACGUCUUGCAUAUUUGGUAUAUUCUUCCUUUUCCAAUGCACAAGUAUUUGUUUUGA